GAGCGAGAGAGUGAGAGAGAUGACAGACGGUCUUCCUUUCCAAAGCAAGCAGUGCUUCAGUGCGCACCGCCUUCGUUUCGUUAUCUUUAGGUUCGGUCCACCCACCUUCAAUGGCCAUUAACCCUCGAUUUCCCUUUUAGAAUUCGCUUCCUCUCAACAAAAAUUCGCUUCUUCUCCCCCAUCAGAUCCUCCCAUUCUCGCCGCUCGAUCUCGUUUCUCGCCAUUAAAAUGCGCUUCUCUGAUUUCCGCCCUCCGUUGCCUCUUUGAUUCCGUUUUUUUUUUUGUUUUUCCUUCUCCAUUUCUCUAAUUUUGUGAUUAUUAUGAGGAUCGGGUUCUGCGUGAGGGGAAUUGUUCUGUUGAUCGUGAUGCUGGGAAGGCAAGCGUCGUCCGCCGACUCGGUUAGGGUUUUGCAUUCAGGCCUUUCGUGUCCUAUUGAAUCUUUUCUGGAUACGAUCUUUCGUUUUAGGGAUUGGAACUCGUACUGCCCCAUUGACGGACAGCAUGGACACUAUGAAUUCAUUGGCGUUUCUGAGGGAGAUGAGGCCUCCUUACAAAUGGCACUGAAUAUGGUACAUAAGAACCGCUAUGAAUAUGUUGCAGUGCUCUUCUAUGCAUCUUGGUGCCAGUUCUCCAAGUCUUUUAGGCCAAGCUUUUCGAUACUAUCGUCUUUAUACCCUUCGAUCCCGCAUUUUGCAAUCCAAGAAUCAGCUGUUAGGCCAAGCAUACUCUCUAAGUAUGGGGUCCAUGGUUUUCCUACCCUUUUCCUUUUAAAUUCUACAAUGCGUGCUCGCUACUACGGUUCUCGAACGCUCCCUUCUCUUGCUGCAUUCUAUAAUGAUGUUACUGGCAUUCAAACUGCAUCACUGGACCAAAUAUCGCCAGAUAGAAUCGAACAAGUAUGGAAUCAGGAGAAGCAUGAUGAUAGCAGUGAGCAGGAAAAUUGCCCAUUCUCAUGGGCAAGGUCUCCCGAAAAUCUACUUCGGGAAGAAACGUAUUUGGCUCUAGCUACUGCGUUUGUGUUUAUGAGAUUGAUAUACAUCUUCUUUCCAACUCUUUUGGUCUAUGCUCAAUAUGUUUGGCAAAGGCACCUUAGGAACCUGAGAUUGGGAACCUUGUGGGAACGACCUUUGACGUGCCUGAAAGGAGCAGUUCAGUUAUUUAGCCAUUUCAAGGAUCCUUGCAAGAGAAGCAAUUUACAAGGAGGUGCCAUGAAUGCCAGGGCAUGGGCCAAGUCUUUUGCCACAGUUUCUAUAGGCGAUGCAAGCUCUAGUAGCAGAGUGUGCCAGUAAGAAUGUUGUCGAUGUGCAUCAACGACAUGGUGAGCUGUAGAAAUUUCCAUUCUAGAGCCUCGAGUAGCUUUUGGGUUCGACAUCUUGUGAACGACGACGAAGGUAAAGCAAGGAUACUCGUCCUAAUCCAUUUAUUUUUUAUUUUUUCUUGUUGUAGAAUGUUAGUUCAAAAUUUGUUACGCAUUUUCAAACGAUGCCUGAACCCAAUUUGUGCAUAGGAAUAACCAACAGACUUUCCCUCCCUUAUGUGUAACUUCUUGCUAUUGCGACUGCAAAUGCCCCCACAAUCAUCUAUGGUAGGUUCUAAAUUAGUGUUCAUUCUA